GCUGGGCUGCUGCUGCGGCGAGGGAGGCUGUGCCCGCGGAGCCAUGGGGCGCGACCCGCGGGCCGCGGUGGCCGUGGCGCUGCUGCGCCUCUGCCUGGCCCAGGCCAACUUCGCCCCACACUUCUUGGACAGCGGAAACAUGGCCCUGUUCAGCCUCCCAGAGGACACCCCUGUGGGUUCUCACGUAUAUACUCUAAAUGGGACAGACCCUGAGGGAGACCCCGUCUCCUAUCACAUCAGCUUUGACCCCAGCACUAGAAGUGUCUUUUCUGUUGACCCCAAUUUCGGAAACAUCACCUUGGUUGAAGAGCUGGACAGGGAGAGGGAGGACGAGAUCGAGGCUGUCAUCAGCAUUUCAGACGGCCUGAAUCUGGUGGCAGAGAAAGUCACGAUCCUGGUGACCGAUGCCAACGAUGAGGCCCCCAGUUUCAUCCGGGAGCCCUACAUGGUCCAGGUGCCUGAGGACAUACCUCCUGGGAGCAGUCUCAUAAAGGUCCACGCGGUGGACAAGGACACAGGUUCUGGAGGGAGUGUCACCUACUUCUUGCAGAGUGCACAGGCCACUGUGUUUGCCGUGGACCGUCACAGCGGCGUGCUGCGCCUCCGGGCCGGGGCCACCCUGGACUACGAGAAGGCACGGGCCCACGUUGUCACCGUGGUCGCCAAGGAUGGCGGAGGGAGGCUGCGAGGGGCUGACGUGGUGCUGUCAGCCACCACCACAGUCACAGUCAACGUGGAGGACGUGCAGGACAUGGCCCCCAUCUUUGUGGGCACACCCUACUAUGGCUACGUGUAUGAGGACACCCUUCCGGGCUCGGAGGUACUGACGGUGGUUGCCAUGGACGGAGAUCGAGGCAAACCCAACCAAAUUCUCUACAGCCUCUUGAACGGGAGUGAUGGAGCCUUCGAGAUAAACGAGACCUCUGGAGUCCUCUCCGUCAUGCAGAGCCCUGCACAGCUCAGGAGAGACGUGUACGAGCUGCACGUACAGGUGACCGAGGUCAGCUCUGCAGGUGUCCCAGCUGCCCAGGCCAUGGUCCCGGUCACCGUCAGGAUCGUGGACCUCAACAACCAUCCACCUACGUUCUACGGGGAGAGUGGACCCCAGAACAGAUUUGAGCUGUCCAUGUACGAGCACCCGCCGCAGGGAGAGAUCCUGCGGGGCCUGAAGAUCACCGUCAACGACUCAGACCAGGGAGCCAAUGCCAAGUUCAACCUGCGGCUGGUGGGGCCUGGAGGCAUCUUCCGCGUGGUCCCACUGACAGUCCUGAACGAAGCCCAGGUCACCAUCAUUGUGGAGAACUCAGCCGCCAUUGACUUUGAAAAGUCCAAAGUCUUGACCUUUAAGCUCCUGGCCAUUGAGGUGAGCACUCCAGAGAAGUUCAGCUCCACUGCAGAUGUUGUGAUCCAGCUCCUGGACACCAACGACAACGUCCCCAAGUUCACCUCCCACUACUACAUUGCCAGGAUCCCCGAGAAUGCGCCAGGGGGCUCCAACGUGGUGGCUGUCACGGCUGUGGAUCCAGACACGGGUCCGUGGGGCGAAGUCAAAUACUCCAUCUACGGGCCCGGGGCAGACCCCUUCCUGAUCCACCCGUCCACCGGGCUCAUCUACACCCAGCCCUGGGCCAGCCUGGAUGCCGAGGCCACCGCCAGGUACAACUUCUACGUGAAGGCGGAGGACACGGAGGGCAAAUACAGCCUGGCCGAGGUCUUCGUCACCCUGCUGGACGUCAACGACCACUCCCCUCAGUUUGGAAAGAGCGUCCAGGAGAGGACGAUGGUGCUGGGGACCCCGGUGAAAAUCGAGGCCACGGACCAGGACGCAGAGGAGCCCAACAACCUGGUGGACUAUUCCAUCACCCACGCAGAGCCAUCCAACGUGUUCGACAUUGAUGCACACACCGGAGAGAUCCGGCUCAAGAACUCCAUCCGCUCCCUCGAUGCUCUGCACAACAUGACGCCCGGCGGGGACUUCACGUGGUCCCUAGAGGUGCAGGCCAAGGACCGUGGCUCCCCCUCCUUCAGCACCACGGCCUUGCUCAAGAUUGACGUCACCGACACGGAGACGCUGUCGCGGAGCCCAGUGGCCGCCUUCCUGAUGCAGACCAAGGACAACCCCCUGAAGGCUGUGGCCGUCCUGGCCGGCCUCAUGGCCAUCAUCGUGGCCCUGACCGUCCUCAUCUCCACCGCCACCUUCUGGCGCAAUAAGAAGUCCAGCAGGGUCCUGCCUGUGCGGCGCGUGCUCCGCCAGCGGCCCAGCCCCGCGCCCCGGGCCGUCCGCGUCGAGUGGCUCCGGUUCCGGAGGACCAAGGCCGCCGCCAAGUUCGCGCUCAAGGAGGAUCCGUCCAACGAGAACGAGAACGGCAACAACAACGGCCCGGGGAGCCCCCCGCCGCCCGCAGCCCCCGCGCCGCCCCCCGCGCCCGCAGCGGCUCCCAGGGCUCCCAGGGCGGGCCCGGCGCGCUGGGCUGUGCCUACGGUCUCGGGCUCCCUCAGCCCUCGGCAGCCCCCGCGCUCGCCGCAGCCCGAGGCGGGAGGCCCCACGCAGUCGGCUCUGGUCUCGGAGCUAAGGCAAAAGUUCGAGAAGAAGGGCGUGGGGAAUAAGGCUCACUUCUAGCAGGUGUCCCGGUGGCCCCCGCGUCCCCGCCCUGGCCGUCCUCCUGCCUGCACCCCGCUCCCCGCCAUCUGCCCCCUAGGGUCCUCUCCCUCCGUGCAGUGACAUAAGCCCCUCGUCCGCGGCUCUGGACACGGACACACCGUAGACGAGGGAGUCCUCUGUUCAUGGGGGGCGCCGGCAGAUCCUUCCUCCUCACCCAGAUCGUCGGCGCGCUCCCCAUCCGCAGAGGCUGGGGGUCCUCCAGCCCCGCGGGUCCUCCUGGGGCCCCAGCGCCCUCAGGUGAGGACCAGGGCCCCAACCUCGUGUGGUGGGGCCAGCCGGGACCUGCUCCCGAAGCCCCCCGCCAGGGGCAGGAGCAGAAGGAAGCUGGGUUCUGGCCAAGCCUAUGGGUAGGGCCCCCCGCGGGCUGUGGGGCAGCAGGUGCAUUGCGCAGGGCAGGGACGCACUGACAACUCACGUGGCCUGCGGGGCUGUUCCCCGAAGAGGCAACUGCAAGGAGGACGGUGGUGUCUGGGCAGAGACGGGGCCCCUGCCUCACCCGCGUGGGACCAGGGGCACCGGGAUGACACGGCCCCAGCCAGGGCGGUCCCAGGUGGGCCCAGAGGUGUCCGGGCUGCAGCGUGGCCGUAGCCGCCGAGCCACCCGGGAGAGCAUCAAGCCCCGCCCGAGGUGCCACCCGGGGUCCCUGAGGGGACAGUGCGGGUUCUGGAGACACCGAUUUGUAGCCUGCUCACAUGGUAUGACCCGGGGAAAGCCGCCUAAACCCCCGGUCGCUCACUCCUCGUUUGGAAAGUGAAGCGAGUCCGUCCCCACCGCCACUCACAGGCUCAAGGUGAAGCCUGGGACAAACACGUGGGAACAAGGGCUUCGGGCAAGUGCAAAAGCAGCACCAACACGCAGUAUUUUCCUGCGGCCCGACUCUCCAGGCAGGGUGGCGGGGGGGGGGGGGGGCAACUCUUCCAGAGAGUAUUGGAAGCCUUCCGAGCCAUUCUGACCAGCAUCCCCCGGAGGGCCUGGACCACGUCCGAGUGCAGCCCCCGGCCCCUGGCAGCCAGAUCUGAAUGAUGUCAUUGCCCUUGACCGAGGCUGUCCCGUCGUCCUCCCCACCCCCCCAGCGAGCGCCCCAGGGGGCCAAGGCCGCAGUGCCUCCAGCCCAAGCCUCUGUCCAGAGGACAAACGAGUUUCCGAGGGAGGAGCGAUGGCCGGAGGCCACAGCAGGUUGGUGGCGGAGACCUGGUCUCGGGGCUCUGGGCUUCUCAGCGCUUCCCUCUGGCCGAGCACCCCUGGCCAGCCGGUGACCACCUGCCUGGAGAGUGGACCCACAGGCCUCUAUGUUCAGUGCAAAGAAGUCCUGCCCAACUUCAAGGAAACCUGCUUUAUAAGGAACCCAGACGUGUCAGGGAGAGGGAGGUGGGAGGCUUGUUUGCACCUGCCGCCCCUACUAACGAGCGCUCGAGUCUCCUCCGUGAUCUUAUUUAAGCAGAUUCUAUGCACACGUGGUUCCCUCCGUUUCUGAGUGUGCGUUUGAAGAGGUUGCUUGGCGGGGUCGCCGUGUAAGCCCCGUGGUGGGGCUUCUGCAUCCCGGCCCCGGAGUGUAUUCAGAGGUGGAAUCCAACAGGCCGGGGCCCAGCGUGACCCCAGGGGCGUUUUGCAGCCUGUGUUUCAGGAGACGGCUGCCCUGGGCAGUGUGUGCCGUCCGCGGGGAGCGCAGCAUCCUUACGCUGUGCGUGCCGUCGACCCCUUUUGUAAGUGGUCAAUAAAGCCUGUUAAACAAGGGCGA